AUGGGAAAGGUUAAGUGGGAUUCCAAUGCAGACCAGACUCUCCUUGCCAAAAUCCUGGAGACCCAUGAACUGAGCGUCGAUGCGACUCGUGUUGCCGAGGCCUGGCCCACUCAAGACGGUGGCCACAAGCCAACCCCUCGUGCAAUCAAGGAACGACUUGCCCGAAUCAAGGAGAACGUUCGACUCGGCAACGCCGCUGGCUCCGGGCCCUCUAGCCCAGUGACCCCAAGAAAGCCAACGCCGCGCAAGAAGGCAAGCGAGAACGCCGCUGCUGCUGGCCCUUCCCGCAAGCGUAAGCGGGUCGCCAAGGAAACAGAGGACAUGCCUGGGCCUAGCAAUGAGCCUCUUGCUGAGCCGGCUAUCAAAAAGGAAGCCGGUCUUGACGUUAUCGACCCUCUCCUUCUGUCGCAGGUCGAGGACGAAUCUCCCAAUGCCGACAACGGAAACAACGACCCUGAAUGGACUGAGUUCAAUGGUGAGGUCGCUGAUUCGGACUCUGACCAGCUGCCCAAGUAA